AUGUGGUGGGGGGGGUUGGGGGUGGUGGGUUGGGGGGGUGUGGUGGGUGGUUGGGUGGGUGUGGGGGUGUGGGGGGGGGGGUGGUGGGGGGGGGGUGGGUUGGGGGGUGGGGGGGGUGGGGUGGGGGUUUGUAGUUGGGGGGUGGUGGGGGGAGUGGGGUGGGGUGUGUUGGUUUUUGUUUUUGUUUGUGGGGGUGUGGUUUGGUAUGGGUUUGUGGGGGUUGGGGUGGGUGGUUUUUUGUUGGUGUUGUGUGGGUUUGGGGUGGUUGGUGGUGUGGUUGGUGGGGGGUGUGGUGGGGUUGGGGUGUGGGGUUGUGAUUGGGGGGUGGUGGGGGGGGGGUUGGGUGUUGUGGGUUGGUGGGGGUUAGUUGGGGGGUGGGGGUGUGGUUUGUUUGGGUGUUGGGUUGUGGGUGGUGUGUUGGGGGUGGGGGUUGGUGGGGGGGGGUGUGUGGGGUUGGUGUUGGGGGGGUGGUGGGUGUGGGUUGGUGUGGUUGUUGGUGGUUUGUUUGGGGGUUGGUGUUUUGGGUGGGGGGUUGUGUUGGGGGUUUUGUGGUGUGGGGGGUGGGGGGGGGGGGGUUGGGGGUGUGGGGUGGUUGGGGGGUGGGGUUGUUGUGGGUGUGGGGUGGGGGGGUGGGGUGGGGUGGGGUGGGUGGGGGUUGGUUGGGGGGGGGGUGGGUGGUGUGGGUGUUUGUUUGUGGUGGUGGUUGGUGGGGUGGGUUUUGGGGGGGUGGUUUUUGGGGUGGGGGGUUGGGGGGGUUUAGGUUGGGUGUUGUUGUGUUGUGGUUGGUGUGUGGUGGUGGGUGGGGGGGUUUGUGGGUUUGUGGUGGGGUUUGGGGGGGGUGGGUGGGGGGUGGUGUGGUGGUUUGGUGGGGGUUGUGGGGGUUUUGUUGGUUUGGUGGUGAGGGGUGUUGUUGGUUGUGGGUGGUUUGUGUUGGGGUGUUGGUGGGGUGUGUUGGGGGGGGGGGGUGUGGGGGUUGGUGGGGGGUAUGGUAGUUUGUUGGGUUGUGUGUGGGUAAUAUGUGGUGAUUGUGGGGUUUUGUGGGUGGGGUGGGGGGGGGGUUGUUUGUGGAUUGAUUAUAUUGAUGUAUUGGGGGGGGGGUGGAGAUGGAUUGUUGUUGAGAGGGUUAGGGGGGGAUGGAAGGGGGUGGGAAUUUUGGGGUGGAGGGGGGGGGUGGGGGUGGGGGGAUGA